AUGAACCUGCUGCAGGGCAAGAGCAACCAGUACCUGCGCGAGGCCAUCCUCGAGGGCAGCGUGGAGAAGGCGCGGCGCUACCUGACGCUCAAGAUCGGCAAGGCGGACGUGGCGGCGCUGACCGAGAGCGGCGGCUUCUCCAUGUUGCACUGCGCCUGCCUCGUGGGCAACACGCAGAUCGCCAUGAUGCUGCUGCAGUACGGCGCCGACGUGCUCGCGCUCACGGACGACGGCUACUCGGCGCUGGACCUGGCCAUCUGGAGAGGCCACCUGCAGAUCAUCGAGCUGCUGCGGUCCCAGGGCUGCGUUGCGCCCAUGAAGGAGCCCGAGAGCCUGAACGGCAAGGUCAUCUCCCACCUCGGGCGGAAGGCCACCGUCGUCUUCUUCGAGCCCAGCACGAGCAUCCGCACCAGCAGCCUGCGCGGCCUCUACUACGAGGACAAGGGCGAGGCCAAGCUCGUGAACCUCUGGGCGGGCACGGACUACAAGAUCGUGGGCUCCAACCCGUACUACGAGGAGCUGCGCAAGUUCGACUACCAGUACGCCGAGAUCCCCGUGACACUGCCGCACGACUACGACGCCAUGCUGCAGGGCGCGCUCCAGGGCGCGGCCUUCUUCGACAACGACAGCGACAGCGAGAGCGACAACGAGAUCGAGGAGAUCGUCGAGGUGCGCGUGCCGCCCGGGCCGCUGGGCGUGCUCCUGGACAGCGGCAUCCAGGAGUGCGCCGUCGUGCACGGCUUCACCAACCUGCCGACGGGCGAGAAGGGCCCCAUCGAGCAGCAUGGCGACGUGUACCCGGGCAUGUACAUCAUGAGCAUCAACGAGACCAACGCGUCGCUCAUGUCGCUGCAGCAGGUCACGCAGCUGCUGGGCAAGCUCGCGCGCAAGGAGAAGCUCAUCCGCUUCGCCGUCUUCCGCCCGGGCUCGCCGCGGAAUCGCAGCAGCAUGGACACCGCCUCGGAGGUGUCGAACCAGCGCUCGUCCGUCACGUCGAGCGCGUCGCUGCCCCCUCCCGUGCCAGUAGCGGCCAAGCCGCCAACGCCCAGCUCUGGGCUCGCCAGCUUCUCGUCCCGCUUUGCCAACUUGGCGGCCUCCGUCAUGGACAAGAGGCCGCCCACACCGCGGACAAGCAUCACGUCGGCCUCAGACGUAGGCACCCCGAAGGCUACCGAGUGCGCGCACUGCGGUAUGCCUGCCACGGCGCACAGCUCGGACGAGUGCCCGUACCGGUCUGCAUAA